AUGGAUGAAGCCACCGAAUGUGAUCCUGUGGAUGAAGCUACCAGCAGCUUUCCAUCUCAAUCUGAUCCGGUAGAAACUUCUAUGCCUGAGGAACACCACUGGCCAAGUACUGACUUGAGAGAUGACGGUCUGGCUGAAGAAGAUGCUGUGCAAAUAGCGCUAAUUCAGCCUAAGUCAGAUGACCUUCCUGCAAUUGCAGAGUUGCAGAUGGAGUUGAGAACGAAUCUUCCAGAGGAUGAUGAGCACUCCAAGGAUGACGAAACAUCUGAUUUGAACUUACGGGAGCAGGAGCACUGUGAAGCUUUUAUGGAUCCACUUGUGGUCAAUGCUUUGGAGGAUUCAUUUGCUACAUCAGAAUUUUUGUCGUGCAGUGCGGUGGCUAAGAUUACCGAAGUUCUGAUUGUUUUAAAGGAAGGUCCUGAUGUAGGCAAUGGUGUCAAUCAAUUCGAUAACUCCUUGGACUUAUUGUUGUGUUCAUUUGAUCCAGUAUUUGAUGCAUCUGAAGGCUUGCAAGCUGCUCAGGGCCAGGGAUUCUCUAAGCUGCAAUCUGAAAAUGUUUUUACUUUUGCCAAGACUAACAUUACUACUAAAGAGAUCUGCGAUGAUGGGGUUUAUUUGACCAAUAUAACAGGAAAUCUCCAAAAUAGCAAGAAAAUGUCAAAUGAUGCUUCAGGAUCUGCUCAGCCAGGGCUAUCCAAGUCCCAAGAUGUAGGUGCUUUUACUCUUAUUAAGGGACUUGCAUAUCUCCUGAUGGAAUUAGUAAUGCAAAAAAUUUGCUUACUGCUAAUCAUGCUUCAGAUCUCCACAGUACAGUAG